AUGUCUAGCUUUCAGAGGUCACAAAAUGAUCUAGAAGAUUUCAAUGAUCAAGGAUCUUCUUUCCAGGAAAACUCAUUCACCUCCAACUAUGGCCAAUUACCUUUCAUGAAUCCCAUGUAUGCGACCUCCCAGGAAGACUUCGGUAGCCCUGAAUCAGAUACCCUGCAGUAUGGGCCCUCCCACAGCUACGCAGGUUCUGCAACUUUUGAAGAUGCCCAGUCUCCUGGCUUUGAUACCCCUGUCAGCUCUGGUCCGGAGGUAGUCUCGUUUGCACCCCAGAGAGGUUCUGAAGGUACUCAGAUCACGGUUCGUGUGAUUUUGCCGUUUGACUUGCACUCGACCGCUCGUGUAUUCAUCUCUUUUGGAUCACGCCAAUGCGAGUGCAGUUUCAGGUUGGUUGACAACCAGAACUCACAACUCGGCUAUUUCUUCUCUACCCAUGCACCAAACUUCGCUUUCACGAGGUCUCCGUCAUUCGACGUUCCAUUGCAGCUUGUCAUCAACAAUCCUUCAGCGGGUGCUCCUCUUGUGCUUCAAAUUGGAACCUUUUCCUACGAGCAGUACUUGCAGGCUCCUGUCGAUGAUUCAAGAAAGAGAAGCUUUUCGGCUUUCCCUGAAAGUGCAUCCUAUCGACCAGCGAAGCGCCACUCGUCUCAUGAACUAGAGGCCAAACCAGUCGAUCACCCAACGCAUACACGCUCAGCCUCUUAUACCUCCUUUGCGCAAACACCUGUUAACACGAGUGCCUUUCCUGCUCCGUUUGAUAUGGAAAACUCUCCGCGUCUGUCGAUGGGUGGCUUCUCUACUGCGUCGCCCAGUUUGCAGCCUCCAGUUCCGGCAUCUUCUCCAAUGAUCCCAACUUGGAGUCCUUCAGUGUCUGUUACUGAUCUGUCUGUCGUCAAUACUCCAUCGACUGUCAAUAUGCCAAUUCCUCAAUCACAGAAUCCGACCUUGAUCCGUACCUCGACCUUGCACCACGGACACAACCUUGGUGCGUCGCAGCCAUUUAACCCAUACGCGAUGUACCCCACCAAGGCGGUUCUUGAGUUGAACGGAGAACUUGACUCAAUGGCGCUGAACUGGACUCCUCAGGAGAAAGCAGCCAAACGUCGUCUGGUCCAGUUCACACGUUCCCAGAACGGAAGUACUAUUCAUGCUGACUUCAAGCCGAUCACUCCAGAAGAGCGCACUCCAAACAGUAUAUGUAUCAGCUGCAUCCUUUGGGAUGGUAAGGACGAGUGCUUCGUUACUAGUGUGGAUACUAUCUAUCUUCUCGAGUCUUUGGUUGCUGUACGCUUCACUGUCGAGGAGAAGAACCGUAUUCGUCGCAAUUUGGAGGGUUUCCGUCCUCUAACGGUUUCCAAGACCAAGGCCGACAGUGAAGACUUCUUCAAAGUCAUCAUGGGAUUCCCUGCACCUAAACCCCGCAACAUCGAGAAGGAUGUCAAAGUUUUCCCCUGGAAGAUCCUCUGCCAUGCACUCAAGAAGAUCAUUGGUAAAUAUUCUGCAAGCUAUUCAUCUACUGCCGGAGCACUCCCCGGUUCAUUGAGUGCUAGUCAUUCUAUGAGCUCGGAUCUUGGGACUGAGUCUCUUCGCGCUUCGUCUCCGCAGUCGAUUGCGGAAUCCACAGCUUCUAACGCAUAUCCAGUCAACUUUAGCUCAGCCACGUUCGCGCCAUCUCUUAUGCCAGUAACCUCUGGUCUUGACUCUGAAUUCGCUGUCACUCUCUCAGGACCGACACCUGGUUACCCUGCUACCAUGGGCGCGCCUUAUCAGUUCGAGCCAAAUUUUCAACCCGACCAGGCACUCAUGAAUCAGCCAUCAUGGGAUUUCACUACUUCAUCUCAGGGUGAGGAUUUCAAUUACAUGAAUAUUCCUUAUACCAUGGGUUGA